AUCCGUUGUUCAUACUGAUGAGCGAGCGAAGUUAGAGCAGAUCGCCCAGUUACAAACAUUUAGUGCGGUUCAAAAUAUUGAUACAGUGUUGCGCCCUUCGACAUAAUUUAAUUGAACAUGAAAGUUCUCUCAUCUAUAAUAUCCGUGAGGCAUGCGGUCUUAUUUUAUCACUCCUAAGCAGCGUUUACUAGCCAUCUAUUAGCUAGGGAAGUUUGGUUGCUUUAGCUGUUAGGUUUGUUUGAAAGUGACAGGAGAUAGCAAGCUGUAAAACCUUCAGUCCUGACCGAAUCGACGCGAUGAUUCCUGAAUAUAGUCCCCGGACCAGCGAGACAAGAAGCCGUACGCGUUGUCACUAUGGUCAGGCAGCAGAACCAAACCAGAACCGAUGUGGGCUACUCUCCGAAAUCAAAACUCCUAUCAAGAAUGAACUAUUCACUGACCACUACACCAUCAUUCCGGGUAAAGAACUUGGCAGGGGGAAGUUUGCAGUGGUGAGGAAGUGUGUGGAGAAGUGCACGGGCCGGGAGUACGCUGCCAAGUUCAUGAGGAAGAGGAGGAAGGGCCAGGACUGCAGGCUGGAGAUCAUCCACGAGGUGGCCGUUCUGGAGCUCGCCACGGCCAGCCAGCGGGUGGUCAACCUGCACCAGGUCUACGAGAUGGCCGCAGAGAUGGUGCUUGUCCUCCAAUUUGCAGCGGGAGGGGAGAUCUUUAACCAGUGUGUAGCGGAGAGGGACGAGGCCUUCAAAGAGGAGGACGUGAAGAGGUUGAUGAGACAGAUCCUAGAGGGAGUCUCUUUCCUCCACAGGAACAACAUGGUGCACCUGGACCUCAAGCCCCAGAACAUUCUGCUGACCAGUGAUGCUCCUCUGGGGGACAUCAAGAUCGUGGACUUUGGUCUGUCCAGGAUGGUGAGCAGCAGUCAGGAGCUCAGGGAGAUCAUGGGGACCCCGGAGUAUGUGGCUCCAGAAAUCCUGAAUUACGAGCCGAUUAGCACAGCGACAGAUAUGUGGAGUAUUGGUGUACUGGCCUACGUGAUGCUGACAGGCAUCUCUCCCUUCCUGGGAGAGGACAAGCAGGAGACCUUCCUCAACAUCUCCCAGAUCAACGUAAGCUACCAGGAGGAGGAGCUGGAGCAUGUAGACCAGGCCGCCAUCACCUUCAUCAAAGCCCUGCUCAUCAAAGAACCCCAGAACCGUGCCACAGCAGAAGAGUGCCUGCAGCACCAGUGGCUCCAGACAAAAGAGAAAAAGGAGGCAGAGGCGACCGCAGAGGUGAAAGAGACUAUCAGCCCCACCAAGUGCCCCUCGGAGCCAGCCAGCCCUGAGAGCCCCAUCGGGGAAGUGGAGGAAGAAGGAGGUCCUGUGACAGAGGAGCUGAUCGUGGUGGCAGCCUACACACUGGGCCAGUGUCGCCAGUCAACAGACAAGGAGGUCAUAAAUCCCGACCAGAAGGCUAUCUCCAAGCGCUUCAAGUUCGAGGAGCCCUUUAGCGCCCUCCAAGAGGUUCCCGGGGAGUUCAUCUACUGAAGGACAUAUACACACACACACACAGACAAACACA